UACUACUACUGUCAAACAUCCAAAACACAUCCCAAAAUCAAUACCGAAAACUUUGAUAUUAUUUUGGAUUUUGACGAAUUUUGACUAACAAUUGUGUAUUUAAAAUUCAAGAAAUUGAGUAAACGUUGUGAAAAUUGUAAACUGAAAAUGGAACCCGUUAUUCAAAGGUUUGCGGCUACUUGUCAUUUAUUUAAUUAGGAAAAUAAGAAAAAAUCCUAUGUGGAGCAAAUGAGAUCAACUAGUCAUUUGGUAAACUUGUAAAUAAUUAAUGACAUGGAUCAAUCCAGGAAACUUCCACAACAUGAAUUUGUUGAUAAGGCCACUGUUAAGGUCCAUCUUCCAAACGGGGGUUUCAACGUGGUCCGUUAUGGAGACAGUAUUGAUAUAAAAGGAAUUAUUUCGACGGUAACAGAAAGACUAUCCGCCCAUAAUGGUUACUACAGUGGAAUUUACGCUUUACGGCUCACGAGCUCUAAAUCAAAACAGGUAUAUUGGCUCCACCGAAACUACACCAUGCAACAAGUAUACGAUAAAUAUCUGCAAAAAUAUCCAAAUGCCGAGUGGCGUUACGAUUUGAGAGUGAGAUAUUUGCCGGCCAGUUUACGAGAUCUUUUAACUAAGGAUAGUGUCACUUUUAAUUUUUAUUAUGAUCAGGUCAGGAGCGAUUAUUACACCGACCUUCAUACAAAAAUCGAACAAGAUGUGGUUCUGCAGCUUUGCUGUCUGGAAAUCCGCAAGUACCUGAAAGACAUGUCUUCGACGGAAUUAGACAAGAAAUCCACGCUGGAGUAUCUGGACAGGGAGGUGGGCCUUCAAAAGUUUAUACCUCACGGGAUGUUCGAGAAAUUAAAACCGAAAGUGUUGAAAAAGCACAUUCAGUCACAGUUGAAGAAAAACGGGAACAUUAGCGAGUGGGAGUGCAUGUUGCAGUUUUUGAAUAUAGUGAAGAAGUACACUAAUAAUGAUCAAGAACGGUUUGAGGUCGACUAUGGUACAAGUUUCGCCGUACCAAUCGAACUUAUUAUCGGUCCGGAUAUCGGGUUACAAGCAUCAUCCGCUAGAAGAAUCGAUUUCAAGCAAAUCAAACGACUACAAUUGGAAGAAUGCGAGGAUUCCUCCAAGGUGGCAUUGUUAUUGAGGAUAGUGGGCAGCACAGAGGUUUUAUGUUUCACGUGCGCUGAUUUUGCUGUGGCAGAAAGUCUGGCGGAUUUAAUUGACGGUUACUGUCGGCUACAUUCGGACGAUGGAGAACCCGUAUGGGCAGAAGGAGAAAUAUCAGGACUUAAAGGAAAAAAAUGUAAUAUCAAAAAUAAGCUGUUGAAUAACGAAGGAGUACUGUUAGCCGAGGACUAUGCAGAGAUUAUUGAAGAAGGAGAUUAUUCUGUACCUGCUGUACGUGACUAUGAACUAAAUCGUAACCAUAUAGAAUUAGGGAUAAUAUUAGGAAAGGGUCAAUUUGGAGACGUCCAUAAAGGUACAGUGAUGACCAAAGAAGGAACGAUAAUACCGGUGGCCAUUAAAACUUGCAAAGGGGACGCCGAUACUUCUACUACCGAAAAGUUCUUAGAAGAAGCAUAUACAAUGCAAAAAUUCGAACACCCUCAUAUAAUCAAGCUGAUCGGCGUCUGUUCCGAUUCCCCCGUGUGGAUUAUCAUGGAAUUAGCGAAACUAGGUGAACUGCGGGCCUACUUACAAAGCAACAAGUCCACCCUGGAACUGGAAACUUUAUUAACGUUCGCUUUUCAAUUAUCCACCGCUCUAAGUUACCUCGAAUCGAAGAAAUACGUGCACAGAGACAUCGCUGCCAGAAAUGUGUUGGUCAGUUCCGAGACCUGCGUUAAAUUAGCGGAUUUUGGAUUGUCCAGGUGGAUGGGAUCGGAUCAGAGCUACUAUAGAGCGUCAAAGGGCAAGUUACCAAUCAAAUGGAUGAGUCCGGAGAGUAUUAAUUUUCGGAGGUUUACCACUGCUAGUGAUGUAUGGAUGUUUGGAGUGUGCAUUUGGGAAAUCCUAAUGCUGGGAGUAAAACCGUUUCAAGGGGUAAAAAACAAUGACGUAAUAGGGAAAAUCGACAACGGAGAGCGUCUACCUUUACCGGAAAACUGUCCGCCGCGGCUCUACUCUUUGAUGUCGCAAUGUUGGUCUUACGAACCGAGUAAACGGCCGAGUUUCAAAGACAUCAGGGAAAUUUUACAAGAGAUUUUAAUCGAAGAACGCAGCAGCCAGCAAAAUACGAUCAGAAGGGAAACGCGCCGAUUGGCGGCCAUGUCGUGGAGCUCCGCUGACGAUGUUAGUCCGCCUCCGAAACCUUCGAGACAUCCAGGUUUGGAUGGUACCAUUCCAGUAUCAGAAGAGGAAGACCCGAUCCCGCAGACGUACAUCGUGGCGCAGAACCCGCAGGUGUUGGCGCACCUGAUGCGCGAAAACGACCACCGUGGCGUCACUCCCGCAAUGUACACAGUCCCCGCAUCGGUAUUUAAUACAGUAGCUGUAGAUUUCGACUCAGAUAAUAAAAAAGAUAAGGCGGAAAAGGACGUCGACGAUCUCGCCCCCGAUCUCGACGGUCCGAUACUUAAAACGCAACCGAUUCCGAUCGAUAGUUUGAAAAAAUUAGAUCCGGAAGUGUCCGGGGAGAAGGAAUCGUUCGAUUCGUCGGACGCGAAGAGCGUUUCCAGUAAUUAUUCGAAAAAUAACUCGUUGGAACGCGUUAAUAAAAAAGAGUACGGUAAUUACUCGAAAAGUGUCCCCUUGCUAGUUGGGGCAUCUAGUUCAUCCAACACUAUUGACACGGUGUUGCCGAAUUACCACGCGAACCCGAUGAUGUACGAAAAUAAAUUAAAUUUCGUCGAGGAGUCUCUGUACGAUUUCGGGGGGGAAAACGUGAAAAGUUGCGCCCACAAACAGCCACCGAUGCUGAUGAAUAAAUAUCAAGUGGCGACGCCGCCUCAGCAGCAGUUGGCGUGCCAAAUGUACGAAAAAAGUACCAUGGACGUACCCCAUAUGGUUAACGAGAGGACGUUAGAAACACGGCUAAGGCAGCAACGGGCGGAAUCUACCGAGGAUUCGCGAUGGCUGGCCGAAUCUGAAAUUAAUUUGGAAAAGAGAUUAAGUAGAGCCUGUUCCGAUUCAAAUAGCACCGAGGCCCUGAACAUCAUGAAUAAAACUACAACGGCACAUGGUUCAGAGAUCGAUUCGUUAUCGACCAGUCAAGAAACCCACUCGGACGCGAUAUCUAAUUGUAGCGUGAGAAGUAACACGAACUCCCUCACUCGCAGUAAAAACUGUUCACCGGUGAACACCGGUGGCAGUUUAGAGCGACGUCUGCAUUCCUCCGCGAGGGCGACAAUGAACGGCGAAAACCACUUAGACCGCGAAAACGAUAAAGUUUACAAAUGUACCACCGAGGUGGUGAAAGCGAUCAUGUUACUCUCUCAGGGGGUGCAAAAUUCGAGAUCUGAACAGUAUUUGGAUUUGGUGAAGAAUGUCGGGGCGGAGCUGAGGUUAUUGUUGACGAGUGUCGAUGAAAUCGUGCCGGAAUUUUCGUCGAGCAUGAUCAGGGAGGUGGAGAUGGCGCACAAGGUCUUAUCCAAGGAUAUGAGCGAUUUGGUUAACGCUAUGAGGCUGGCACAGCAAUAUAGUCGGACCACUUUGGAUGCUGAGUAUAGGAAAGGGAUGCUAAGUACGGCCCACAUCCUCGCAAUGGACUCGAAAAACCUCCUGGACGUGAUUGAUAACCUCCGAAUGCAACACGGUCAGGCACCGCCAAACGUACCGAUCCAAAAUCCCGAUUUAUUAAACGAUAAACCGACAGUAUUAUCAGCAAAUAGUUCUGCAGUAGAAGAGGGCAAUUGCUACGAAAACACUUGUUAAAAACGUCGUAG